AUGAAUGCAAAGAGUUUUGGAAGGCUAGACCUUCUGGGGUGCCCAGCUCCCCCAGGCUGCACCAGGCCGGGCCCAGACGAGCGGGGCUCUGGUGGAGUGGCCCGGAAGGUGAAGGCAGAGGCAACCCAGGCCGGGAAACUGCAGACCUCAGCCAAGGGCCCAUUGCCCAAGUCGGCACUGGCCAAGUUCCAGAAGCAAGAGUGUGGGGACCACCUUGGAGUGAACGUCAAGCUGAUGACCAGUGCAGGAAGCACGGUGCCUGAGUUCAUCACCCCACAGACUGCGCCUCAGAACCGGGACCACAACUGGCCAGUGACCAAGAAGAAGAAGGUGGCCGAGGACACUGAGUUCCCUGGGGGAGACUCCCAGAAGGUCCAGCGGGAGCAUUUUGCAGCUAGGCUCCCAGGAGGGCGCAGUGGGAGGGACACUAAGGCCCAGCUGCCUCCUCUGACCUCACAGCCGCUGCUGGCCCUAGGGCCCGGCGAGGCCAUGCACAGGGGCCGGGCUGACUCCAGGGGCCGGGCUGACUCCAGGAAGCUCCGGAGCUGA